AUGAUUGUGAUGAUAGUAUCCAUAGUUGGUGGCAAUGAGCGUGACAGCGAGUCAAAAGAGAUUGUGACGCUGCUGGUGGGGUGUGGGAGGGAGAAUAUUGACGGACAACAUUCUGGAACACAUUCAUCCGGGGGCGUUUCGAGUUCUACAUCAUCUUCGCAAGCUGUCGCUGCAGAAUUGUGGGUUGAGCGAAGUGCCGCGGGCGGCGCUCGUGUCGCUCAAGCAGCUGACAUCUUUGUAAGUAGCGCGGGCCCGCGCCCGCUGGAAUGGUCACAGCGGCCACGUCACGCAACUCACCCCUAACUCGGGCUUUUUGACGCUUCGAUAUGCCUAAGGACAAGUGUACUAUGCUUCUUUAAUCUGGCGCAGGCGUCGUGUGUGACUUGCAUCCUCAUUAAAUCGCAUCCCGGUGGAAAAUCCUAUCCCGACGUAUGUGUUUCCUUGUGAAUACAAUCCCAAAUGUUUAUGACGGUUUACUAACUACUACUUUUUUUUU